AACCGCGAGGGGUCACCAACGCGUAGUCGCAUCGGCAUCUCUCUCUCCCAUUGCGCUGCACGCGCGCACCACCACGCCGCCGUUUUUAUCAACGCCUCCUUUUCUACUACCGCAAAAGCUCCCGUCCCCUUUUUUCCCUCUCGUCGCGGCCGGGAGCCAAAAGGGGAAGGGGACUUGGAGAGCGCAAGCGAGAGGAGAGUGGGCGCAUCCGUCCAUCCAUCCCAUCCAUCCAGCCAUCCACCACCGCCAGGGGCGUCGUGGGCGGCGGCGGAGGAGGGGGGGAGGCGGCGGGGAGAUGUGAGAGGGGGACGCGGUGGGGGCCGGAGCGGAGAUGGCUGCGGCGGCCGUUGCCGGUGGGGAGUUGGUGGUGGCGGCGGCGGGUGGGAAGAAGCGCGGGGCGUCGAGGAGCUGGAUCCUGUUCGACGCGGCCGGGGAGGAGCGGGUGCUGGACGCCGACAAGUACGCCAUCAUGCACCGCGUCGACAUCAACGCGCGGGACCUGCGCAUCCUCGACCCGCUGCUCUCCUACCCCUCCACCAUCCUCGGCCGCGAGCGCGCCAUCGUCCUCAAUCUGGAGCAUAUAAAGGCGAUCAUUACUGCUGAAGAGGUUUUGCUCCGGGAUCCAUUGGAUGAUAAUGUGAUUCCUGUAGUAGAGGAGCUCCGGAGACGACUAGCACCUUCAAGUGCCACUCAGCAUGAUGUGGAAGGUGCUGAAGAAGAUGAAUCUCCAUUUGAAUUCCGUGCACUGGAGGUUACUUUGGAAGCCAUUUGCAGUUUUCUUGGUGCACGUACUACGGAGUUGGAGAGUGCUGCUUACCCAGCUUUAGAUGAAUUGACAUCCAAGAUUAGCAGCCGCAACUUGGAUAGGGUGCGGAAGUUAAAAAGUGGUAUGACGAGAUUGAAUGCGAGGGUUCAGAAGGUGAGAGACGAGCUUGAACAAUUAUUGGACGAUGACGAUGACAUGGCUGAUCUUUACUUGUCUAGAAAAUUGGCCGGGGCAGUUUCCCCUGUCAGUGGUUCCGGUGGACCAAAUUGGUUCCCAGCAUCCCCAACUAUUGGUUCAAAAAUAUCAAGAGCAAGCAGAGCCAGUGCAGCAACUGUACAUGGAAAUGAAAAUGAUGUUGAAGAGCUAGAGAUGUUGUUGGAGGUCGAUCUUGCUUGUUUUUCUGCAUCACAAUGUCUUGCCUCUCUCUGGCUUAGUACUGAAAGUUUCUUAAAUUUGCAGGCAUACUUCAUGCAAAUUGAUGGCACAUUAAACAAAUUGACAACGCUGAGAGAGUAUAUUGAUGACACAGAAGAUUACAUUAAUAUCCAGCUUGACAACCACCGUAAUCAGUUAAUUCAGCUAGAGCUAUUCUUGAGUUCUGGGACCGUAUGCUUGUCUCUUUACUCAUUGGUUGCUGGAAUCUUUGGUAUGAACAUUCCAUACACCUGGAAUGACAACCAUGGAUACAUCUUCAAAUGGGUGGUUCUCGUCUCAGGGCUUUUCUGUGCCUUCAUGUUCGUCACCAUUGUUGCUUACGCUCGGCACAAGGGCCUCGUCGGGUCCUGAACCAUGUUACUCGCUUGCCUCAACUAUAAAUUUGAGAUAGAGCAACCAUGCGAUCUUGCGUAUGAUUCAUCUCUUUGUACCAAAAAUUCACCACUAUAAAAUUGGGAUGAUGAAAAAGAACAAUAAAUAGGAAAAAAAGAGAGAGUAAAAUCCAAAGAGAUAUAAUGAUGGCUGACUCCUUUACUCUUCGGCUGCCCCUUUUAGGUGAAAAAGGGCAAGCUGGUACCA